GGGGGGGGCUGUCCCACCUUGGCUCUUUUUCUGGGCAUAGACCUUGAAGAAGUCAUGGCCACCUCCCGGGAUGAGAAGGAGCUGCUGUGGGCCUGGCAGGGCUGGCAGGAUGCUGUGGGUCAUCAGCUCUGCAUCACCUUCAAGUGCUAUGUGCAGCUCAGCAACAAGACUGCAAAGCUCAACGGUUACAAAUACAUGGGGGCCUUGUGGCGGUAAGAGUCUGACACCCUGGAACACGACCUGGAGCAGCUUUACCAGGAGCUGCAGCCACUCUACCUAAACCUGCACACCUACAUGUUCCGGGCCCUGCACUGCCACUACGGGUCAGAGCUUAUCAACCUGCGGGGACCCAUCCCUGCCCACCUCCUGAGGAACAUGUGGGCUCAGUUCUGGGUCAACAUCUUAGACCUGGUCCUACCCUUCCCAAAGAAGCCUCUUGAGGACAUCACAAAAGUCAUGAAAAGCCAACACUGGAAGCCCUCAAAAAUGUUUGAAGGGGCUGAAAAAUUCUUCACCUCCCUGGGGCUGCUUUCCACCCCUCCCAACUUCUGGAAAACUUCAAUGAUGGAAAGGCCAACCGAUGGGCGAGAGGUGGAGUGCCACGCCUCUGCCUGGGACUUCUACAACGGCAAGGACGUCAGGGUAAAGAAGUGCACCGAGGUGACCAUAGAAGACCUGCUCUCCAUCUUCCACCAAAUGGGCCAUAUCCAGUACUUCUUGCAGUACGAGAACCUCUCUGUGAUCUUCCGUGCAGGAGCCAACCCAGCCUUUGAAGAGGCCGUGGGGUCGAUGGUCACCCUCUCGGCCUCCUCCCACAAAUACUUGCUCAACAGAGGCCUGCUCAGCCACCAGCACCAGGACUCAGAGGAGGAGGUCAAUUUCCUGAUGGGCAUCACCCUGGAGAAGAUUGCCUUUAUCCCCUUCGCCAACCUGAUGGACCUGUUUCGCUGGAAGGUCUUUGAUGGCACCAUCCAGAAGGACGUCUACAACCAGGAGUGGUGGAACUUGAGGUUGAAGUACCAGGGCCUGUGCCCCCCCCCCAUCCCUCGGACAGAGGAUUACUUUGAUCCUGGUGCCAAGUUCCACAUUUCUGCCAGCGUGCCCUACAUACGGUACUUCAUCAGCCUAGUACUCCAGUUCCAGUUCCACGACGCUCUGGCCUCAGGCCAUGUGGGCCCAUUGCACCGAUGUGACAGCUAUAACUCCAAGAUAGCUGAGAAGCUCCUGGAGGAUGUCCUAAAGCUGGGCUCAAGCAAGCCCUGGCCAGAAGUCCUGCAGAAGAUAACCGGGCAGACCAAAGUGUCUGCAAAGGCCCUCAUGACUUACUUCAAGCCCCUCUUGAACUGGCUGGCCACCGAAAAUGUGCGGCAGGGGGAGAUCCUGGGCUGGCCAGACUUCAGCUGUACCUUGAAGAAAAAGACACAGACAAGGUGACAUUUCUGAGUCUGGAGCUGGACGCUGACCAGGCCAAAUUUGGGCAGUGGGUGCUGCUGGCCCUCAGCUUUGUCAUGUUCCUGGUGGCCCUACUGCUGGCCUGCAGGCUGUACUCCCUGGAAAAAAGGUCGUUGUCCCAGAACACCAAGGCACAGAACACCGGUUCACAGGACUCCAGUGCACUCAAGACACAGCCCAAGGCCUACUUCCUGGGGAUAGCCAUGGAGCCCUGCCUGGUUGCCAAAAGACAGUGGAUCCUGCUGGUCCUCUGCCUCAUCCUGACGCUGUGCUCAAUCAGCCUGAUCAUUCAAAUUCUCACACAGCACAACAGGAAGCCUCUGUGGAUGAGAGCUGAAUGGUGGAGCUGGGACUAGACACCAGUACAACUGCUGUUAGCACCGUAAUGGCAGGACAAGGAGUGUGCCCCUGCAUAACAUCUUUAGGUGGCACAGGCCGUAGAACAUAGAAGACUUGGAAACUGUAUGAAUGAGAAAGCUCUAAGUCCCUCCUCAGAGCUCAGCAUCCUGCUCUGAGUUCAUGAGAAACAGCCCCACCUUUCCUACACAGUCAGCCUGCACCUCCACACAAGGGGCAGCCAGGACAACUCUGCCCCACUAGGAGGCCACACUUGCAGCCCUCCCAUUCCCCAGCCACAGUGGCCAACAAGGCCCCCAUCAGGCAUUGUGGCUCUGCAUGGCAAAGGCACACCCAGCCUAGGACUCCAAGCCUCUCAUCUGGACUCCAGCGAAAACCUCACUGAGCCUCCUUGUCCAUCCUCUCUCCCCCACCCGCCAUUGUAAAGUUUCUUUCACUGAAAUACUUCCUUUGUGUCUAACUACUCAAGAACUUGGUUGUCCAUCAAUUAAAUCUAGAUGUUCAAAAUGGCA